UCUGGAAAUAAAAUUAGAAUAAUUCAUCCAUAAACACAUCCAUUUGCCUUCUCUUAUACGAUUUCCCUUCCCUUUCCCGCCCUAAUACUGAACGACGCUUUCGAAAAAGAAGCAUCUUUAACUUCUCAAAAUGUCUCAGCCGAUCGCCGUGGACAUUCUGUCCGACGACGACGACGAUGACGCUGUCAACAGCGCCGAUUAUUUCUCCGUCAACCAAAACGACACCGUUGAUCUAUCGACGCCACUGGCAAUUCCGUCCAAGAAGAAGCAAAAAAUUGAGGAGUCGAAUACUAAAUUGAAGCCCCCAGUCCUCAUCAUCGACGAUGACGAUGAUCCGACACGAUUUGAACCCUCAAAGUCCACUCCUUCAUUUGUCGCUGAUACCCCAUUAUCUGAUUUUUCCAAACCCGAUGUCUCAUUUGUUAAAUGCUCAUUUGGUUCCUCUUCAAUUUUGAACCCUAAGUCUUUCGGUCUUGAUUUGACCCCAUCCAUGGUUGCUGAAACACCGGCGUCGGAGCUUUUAAAAUAUAGUGUCCCAAUAGUCAGAUGUACUAAAGCUAUUACUGUUUCACAGAAUCGCUCUUCGUCAAAUUUAGACCACCAAAACGAUGGCGGUAUUGAUGGACUAAUUUGUUUGGAGUCUGAUAAUGAAUCUGAGGAUAGUGGCAAGCUUGUUUCCUGGAAUGAGGAGGAGAAAGUUUGUUCCACUAAGGCAAUUGUAAAGGAGACAGAAUUGAGCUCCAGACCUUUUAAGUCCACAAAUGGUAAUGACAAUUUUAUGCGAACGGCAGUUGAUGUUUCUCAUCGAUAUUUGAUUGAAGCUGGUCCUUCUCUGCUCCCCGCAUUUUGUCCAUGUGUGCCCCUCAAAAUGAAAGGCCAGCUUUCAAUGGGAGAUUGAAUUAUGGUUGGACCAUUCCUUGGAACGUGCAUCAUUCAAAGAAGAUUGUAAGAUUUUUGCGUGGGUAGCACGAAGGAAGAAGAGAAUAAAAAGAAAAGCACAUGCUCGAUUAACUUUAAAGGGCUUCUGGUACUCUAACUACUAAAUAUAUCACUGGAAAUUAAGUUGAUUGGACAUUUGUUCAACUUUAUAAGCUAAUAAAGAUACCCCAUAAUUUGCUUCAGGCCUAGGAAUAUUUUGGGUGUGUGUGUGUGUGGGAACCAUAUACUGCCUGUAAAUUGGAACAUGAAUAAGGGAGCGAGACAUAGUUGUGGAUAUUCAAUUUCAGCUCUAUUUGCUUAUUGCCAGAGCGUAAACUGCUUUUCUAUCGUUUCUCAAGUUAAAGUUUGGGCUCAUUCUUAAUUAAGAACAGAUUUUACUGUUUUAACUCUAAUGCGAAGUUCCUCCAAAUUUCAGUCAAAUUUACUUUUUAUUGUGCUGUCAAAUCUCAUUUUGUCGGACUAAAAUAAAGUUUUAAUUGAAUAAAAUGGGAUUUCAAAAAUGAAAAGAGUCUGUGGAAGGAAAGAGUAGUCGGUUGACAACAUCAGCAACGAGAAGGUUAG